ACCCUUCCACGUUUCCGAUUGACAGGCAUGAAGCCCAUGACAAGUUGACGAACGUAAACUUCUGUUAAAACAACUGAAGUCAACAAAAUGUCUGUGGGGGGAGGAAAUCAACAAGGGGGCUCCACCCACCCUCUCAAGAUCUUCGCCAGCAUAUUCAUAUCUUUCAUUGGAGCAGGAGUUCUAGGGCUCCCAUUUGCUUUCAAAGAGGCAGGAAUCAUUGAAGGUGCCAUCAUCAUGAGCUUUGUUGGAGUUAUCAGUGUCAAGGCUAUGUUGUUGAUCAUUGACUGCAAGUACCAAAUACUGGAAAAACGCAAGUCAAAAAAAGGAUAUGGCAAUUCAUCCAGUGUUGAUGAAGAUGGCCUCACAAGGUCAAAGGCAGAAGUUACAGACCUCCUAAAGGGAGAAGGGGCACUUGUCAUUCGAGUCAAAGAUCCGCCUAUGCUACAAACAUCCGACCUGACAUACGGAGAUGUAGGAUAUGAAGCUUUGGGUCACACAGGAAGAUUCCUGGUGGACCUGGCCAUUGUGGUGUCUCAGACAGGAUUCUGUUGUGCCUACCUCAUCUUCAUAUCAGAAAACCUCUCCGACUACUUCAAGGGAAUGAGGAUAGGUCACUGGCUGCUGAUACUGUUGCCGCCCCUAUGCCUGCUCACCUUGCUGCGUCAUCUCUCCAGCCUCUCCAUAUCUAGCUUGAUGGCACAGUGCUCUAAUCUAAUGGCGUUUGCAGUAGUGUUCUGGUUUGACUUUGAACAUCUCAACAAUAUUGAAUACUGUAAUGAGGCUGGGCAUAUGGUUCCAUCUCAUAAAUGUCUUGAUGAGGUCUUCAGGAUUCACCCGAAGAAUAUGUCAGUUCGGGGAUUCCCAUUUUUCCUCGCCAUAGCAAUCUACUGUUACGAGGGUGCUGGCAUGAUUCUAUCCCUGGAGUCGUCAUUAGCAGUUGAAGUCCGGCAUAAAUUUAGAAAAUUUUUUAUAACAACGAUGUGUAUUGUAACCACACUAUAUAUAUCAUUUGGAGCGUGUGGGUAUUUGUCAUUUGGACCAGAGACGAAUCAGAUAAUAACUCUGAAUUUACCUAAAGGUCAAUCUAUAGACUUCAGUAUGAUAGUCAAGUCCUUCCUCUGUAUAGCCUUGUACUGUACAUAUCCUGUGAUGAUGUUUCCGGUGAUGAAGAUCUUAGAGCGAUACACAAUCACAGAUGCAGAUAAGAACUAUUUGAAAGGGAACAUCCUGCGGGCAUGUAUGGUACUGUGUACGGGUGUUGUGGUCUUGAUGAUUCCCAACUUCGCUAACCUGAUGGCGCUGGUGGGCGCGAGCUGCUGUACCCUCCUGGCCUUCAUCCUCCCCGGCAUCUUCCACCUCAGGAUAUUCAGCCAAUCUCUGUCAUUGUCUCAGAAAGUGACGGACUGGUCACUCAUUGCAAUUGGCGUCAUCGGGACUUUAAUUGGGACCAUUGAUGCUAUAAAUAGAUUGUAUAGCAAUGAAAGUACCGAGAGGCCAGCCCUGACAAUAUCAACACUGACAACAACAGUGGCCAACGCAACAUCAUCAGUCUUGUCCACCACCACCACCACCACAAUAUCGAGUACAACAUUGUCAAGUGUUGUCAACAAUGUAACCAAAGCAUUAAAAAACCCUGGCCUUCAUUAACAUAUAGUGCCAGUGAUUGUGUAAAGUGUGCUUGUUUUAUGCAUCUGUAUCUCAUACUGCCAAUAGUCAUUGUAUAAUGCACCAUGUGGGUUGGGUCUGGGCUACACAUGGACACAUAGUAAAACAUAGUGGAGUGGCAGUAUACCCGUAGUGUGUGGGCAAGUAGACCAGCCCGGCAUAUAAAAUGUACAUCAUGCUCUCAGACGAGGUGUAUGAAUGUUUGUUUGUUUGUUGUUUAACGUCGCACUCAGGAAUAUUCCAGCUAUUUGAGGAUGGCCUGUAUAUACCAGUAAUUUAAUCUGGACCAGACAAUCCUGCAAUGAGUCACACUGUCAGGGUACAAUG